UUUGGUGCGGGCUGUCUUUUCGUGAGUUUGGUGCUUUUGUUCUUUAUUGCAAAGUAGGCCAGACGCCUUCUUCCCAAUUAGAUAAGAAGCAAGUGGUAGGCAUAUACCCAUGGUAGAUAAAGCCCUGUGAUACAUUGACUUCACAUAGCCUGUUCCUUUUUCUCUGAUUUGUAAAUGUUGCUUGUCUUGUUUCUUCAAAAAUCCAGAAAAUCCCGCGAGCCUUUCUGUUGAACUCUUCUUCCAGGAGAUGCUACAAUGGCCUUCUACAGCUCCAACUUUUACGAGUCCGAUUCCGAUUCCGGUGAGUUCUAUCAGACCCCUUAUGCAGAUCAUAGCUAUGAUAUUGUUCCAUUUCAAGAACCCAUAACGUACUCCGGCUAUGAGUUUCGUGAACCUGGAUUCGUCGAGUAUAAUUCAACUGCUUACAGUAAUGCUCAUGAUCCUUAUCUGUCCAUAUCAAAAAGUAAUUAUUCUACCCACAGUGUCACUGAACCAAAACUCAUUGAGUACAAUCGAAAUCCUUAUGGUGGGGCAUAUGAUCCUUUUUUUACUCGAUCGGAAAUCAAUUACUCGACCUAUAGUUUUAGUGAGCCAAAACUCAUCGAGUACAAUCCGAAUCCUUAUGGUACCGGUUAUUAUUCUUCUGAAACGCAAUUUAGUGUGCCAAAACUCAUCGAGUACAAUCCGAAUCCUUAUGGUACCGGUUAUUAUUCUCCUGAAACGCAAUAUGUAAUCUCUUAUUCUACCAAGUCUGAUGUUGUUGAUGACACUGAAUACGAAGAGUACGAUCCCACACCUUAUGGCGGUGGUUAUGAUCCUACUCUAACCUACGGGAGACCCCUUUUGCCCUCUGAUGAAAUCUGUUAUCCUCGUUCUGAUCAGGAGUCCAAUGUCCCAUCCUUUGAUAACUUUUUUGAUUCCAUUCCUUCACCUUAUGGGAAAGAUGAUGGAACCGAACCAACAGAGGCUAUUAAAGAACACGAGCCGCCUGAGAAACCCAUAGAAUCAAGCCGCGGUGAACCAGCUGAGAGUUAUACUAGUGAUAACUACUAUCCUUGGUCUGGUUAUGGUUAUGGGGGUGGAAAUGAAGAUUAUGGGUCUACAAAUGGGUAUGAUAGGAAAGUGGUUCAGACUACAUGUGAUCAUGGGAUAGAUGCCUUGGACCUCUGUGAAAGUUUAUUUGGCUACUGGCCCUGUUUGUAUAAGAACAAUGGGAAGUAUGGUCAUGGUGAUCAAGAAAGUGGGAGUGAAGAAAGAAGGGAAGAGAACCAGUGGAUGAGUGCUGGAGAUUGUCUCUUUGGAAGUCCAUUUGGAAAUGGUGGGGAUGAAACUGGUAAUUAUGGUGGGCAUCCUUAUAGUUAUCUGGAAUAUUAAUACAGAAAUGUGGAUCUUGGCUGGAGAAUUUCUAAGAUACUUUUUCUUGUUUGUCAUUACUUGUAAGUUAGUAGAUUUUUCGAUUAUGAUUAUUUCGAUUAUUUACUUAAAAAGUUUAAAACAAGUUGUAAA